UCUACUUUACUCCGAGAUACAAAAAAAGAAUAUGUUAUACGAUUUUAAUUACAUUUGUGAUAUUCACUGUACGUAAUGUGUAGACAAUUUGUAUUCUAUGUAGAAAUGUAUUGAAAAAUUCUCACUUGUAUUUCCAUUUAGAUCGUAUCCCUUUUUAUAUAAAAAUUGUUUCCAACAUUUUUUUAUCUCUUUUUUUCUACAUUACUUCUCUUCUUCUUUUUUUUCUUUCUUUCUUUCUUUAUUAACAUCUGAUUCAUCCUGUAUAUGCCGGUAAAAUUCGAGACUUAUUGAUAUUAGCUGUUAAAUUUGAUCGAAAGUUAGUUCGAUUGAGUUGAGUCAUCGAGUCGAAGUAGUCAUAGAAACGUGACGCGCGUGUGACGUUCGAUCUUAACUCGAAGUGGAAAAGUGAUCGUCCUUUUUGAUUCCUCUUCAUUUCUAACGUGAUUAUACAUCUAGACAUUAGAGAAAUUUCUCUUUCGAUAGCUAAUUAUAUCUAAGUAAAAAUGGAACGAAAUUAUCAAAAAGUUGGCAUGGGUGUUGGAGCUUUUCAUAAUCCACCAAGAGGAAAAUACAGCGAGGAAACGAAGAACCUAAUUAAACUUUUGAUGCAAGAAUCGAAAGUAGGCAUGAGUCAAAGGAAAGUUAUUCAAGAUGCUGUUAAUAAAGGUGAAUCUCUUCCACCAUCUCGAAAAUCUAAUAUAGGAGAUAAGCAAAAAUCGAAGGAACCUCAGGUAAUGUUUCCCAGUCUUUGGAAAAAACGCUCUCAAAAUAUGAUCCUUAAUAGUGGUGCUUAUGAAAGGGAACAAUAUCGACGAACUGCACCCUUACCUAACAAGGAAAAACAAAAACGUCAAUUAGCUUGUUUAAUGGCUUAUGGAAAGGAAAUGCCCGAAACUCCACGCGGCCCGAAAAUUCUUCACAAAGCAAGAAGGGAACCUAAAUUGAACGAAGAAGAUCCCUUUGAAUAUAUUAUCAAGGGAAUACGCGAAAGAAUGGAAUUUUUGAAUGACAUGGAAUGCCUUGGAAUGGGUAAAAAGUAUCGAUCCAUUAUACAACAGGAGAUAGCUCAAAAGUUUCGAUUAAUGGAAUCCAUUGAUAAAGAAAGAUCUACAGAAAUUCGAAAAGAAUUACAAAAAUUUAAAGAGGAACGACCACCACCAAAACCAUUCCCUUUGGGUGAUUUAGAUGAAAAUUGAAGUAACUCUUUUCUUUGUUCUUAGUAUUUUUUUAAUACAUUUAGAUUAAUAAUGUUUAUUAAAAUAUAGCAUUGUCGUCGAUGUGAUGAUAUUUUUUUCAAUAUAUCAAGAUUUUUGAUUUACUUUAUUAUGCGCGUGUUUAUUUAUCUGUAAUAAAACAAACUGGAAGACUUUCAAAGACGAUAAAUAUUUUAUAUACACAGGAAUAUUUGACAGUGUAUUUAAGGUAAAUGUGUAUAUAAUAAAAAUGCUUAUAUAUUUUUUUAUUAUAAGAAUGAAAUUGAUAAUUUAUAUUCGAAUGUAAUAAAGGGAUAUAAAAAAAAAAUUUUAAAGAGAGUAUUGAAAGUUUCAACUAUCUCACAAUUUACGAAUUCGGCGCAGUGCUGUGCGAUUGGUUAAGAAGCUUAGGACGCUCACCGCGAGAGGUCGCCUCCGUGGCGGGAGAAAUAAGAACGGUCUGUUGCGUCGGCUAAAAGCGUUUGGUCUUCAGUUCAGCGCCAUACGGCAAUGGCGAAUGGUGUUAAUCGUUUUUAUCAUCAAGACCUCGAUUAUACGCAAUAUUUAACGCCGGCUAUUCGUGCAAAGCGACACGAGUGUGCGCGUUCGACGAUUCACGUGUACCCACGGAAGCAAUUCUAACCUCAACAAAAAAGAACGCGAGAAGACACGAGAAUCGUUUCGAUCAGCUUCCCGGAUGAUCUACCAGUGAGAGCCAACAUGGCGUCGACCGAUCUGUCGUUCGGUAAACGAUGAAUUCGUGUCUUCGAAAGAUCUCUCUUCUUAUCUUUCUUUCUUUCUUUCUAUCUCUUUCUUCCUGUUCAUUCCUUUAUCUAUAAAAUUCCAUUCGAUUUUUAUUUUUGUUUAACGUAUACUUCCCAUGUAUUUUCAAUGACAUUAUAAAACUACUACGAGCGAUCCUACUGUCGAUUUAUUUAUUUAUUUAUUUAUUUUUCUUUUUUUUUUUUUUCUUUCGAUCUUCAUUUAAUAAAUAACAAGAAAAUGAUACGCUCACGGGAUGACAGAAUAAAGCAUCGAGAUAAAUAACAAAUGAAUGAUUAGCGAACGAAUAACUGUGAUUAGAAAUUACUGUUAAUGAUACUCUUUGGACAAACAUAAUAUUGUACGCGUUCACGGAAGUUCGUUGAAAACUGGUUUAGAAUCGUUUUAAAUGUCAUCCGUUGGUUAUCGUUAUUUUAUGUUAUUUAUUUCUCCUUUUCAAUAUCUCGAGAUAUAACCAUUAUAAAAUAUACUUUUCAAAUAGGCUAACUCGACGAAUAUAUAUCUAUAUAUCCUUAUAGUAGAUUUACUUACGUCAUGAUUACAUUUUUGGCAAUGUAACAGUUACAUUACUUUGGAAGUAGUUUGACAUUAUCAAUUGAAAUCCUUUGUGGAAUGUAAAUGCACGUCAUUUUAUCUUUGGACAUUCGAAUAUGAGAAAUAUUAAUGAUAUAAACAUAUUGAAUGAUCGUGUGAUAAUUCUCGGAAUAAAUUGAUUUACAAAUAUCGACGUAAUUCAAAAGAAAUAAAUUCUAUCUAGUCAUAGUCCUUGUUUUCUUCUUCCUUUUUAUUUUAUUUUUCUUUUUUUCUUUUUCUAUGUCGAUGAAAUAGAAUGAUAAAAA